AUGAGUUCCAUCGGUACUGGCUAUGAUCUCGCCGCCUCGACAUUCUCUCCAGACGGAAGAAUUUUCCAAGUCGAGUACGCUCAGAAAGCUGUUGACAAUGCGGGAACAAUGAUCGCAAUCCGCGGCAAGAACGGAAUUGUGAUGGUUGCUGACAAAGUUAUCUCCUCCAAGCUUUACACUGAUAAUGCCAACCCAAGAAUGUUCAAUGUUAACGACAACGUUGGUGUCGGAGUCGCUGGAAACUACCCAGAUGGCUUCUCACUGAAAAACUACGCCUAUGGAGAGGCCAUGAAGUGGCUGAAAGACUACCGCGAGCCAAUGCCAGUGCAGAACAUUUCCAACGCUGUCGCUGAAUACAUCCACAUUCACACCCUUGGUAUCAGUCGUCCUUUCGGAGCUGGAGCCUUCUUCGUCGCCUGGAACAAGCAAUCCGGUGGCCGUCUUUUCCUUGUAGAGCCAUCUGGCCUAAACUACGAGUAUAAGGCCUGGGCAGUUGGAAAGCAUCGUCAAGCCGCGAAAGCUGAAAUCGAGAAGCUCAAGAUCGAUGAACUCGAUAUGCAACAGUUGGUGAAGGAAGCCGCUCGGAUUAUCAUGGCUGUUCGUGACGAGAGCAAGGACAAGAACGUGCAAAUCGAAAUGGGGUGGGUCGGAGAGCACACCAAUGGAAAAUACGAGGAGGUGCCUGAAGACGUUGUCACCGCUGCUGAAGAGUGGGCCACCGCUAAGCUCGAUGAGGACGACAUGGAAGAUUGA